AUGCCACCAAAACGAAAAGGAGGACAAGAAAAAAAACUAGAAAGGGAGAAAAAAAAAGAGAUUUAUUCUGUUCCUUCAACUUCAUGGGUAGAAAGUGAUAUUAACACGGAAAAACAAGAGCAAGAGCAAAAAUCCGAAGAAAAUUUACCGGUUUCAGAAACUAAAUUUGAAACUGAGUUAAAGCUGUCAGAAGACUCGGACGACGACAUAGAGACAAGUGAUGAAAGCGAUAGUGAAGCUAAUGUAAAAAAGGCACUUAAAGACGAAGAGGCGCUACUAAAGCUGGGACAGCCGGAAGAGACAGAAUCUGGCAAUUUCUUCGACCGUCCCGAUCCCAAUAAAUUACAGCUAUUUUUUGAAUUCCAUCCAAAGGUACCUGUCGCACAAAAAGAUGUACCUUUCAAUGUGGAAAAAGCGUUUACGCGUAAUAAUAAAACAAAAAGGAAAUGGUUGAGCUAUAGUGAAGAAAGAAAGGCACUUUUCUGCACAAUUUGUCUUGCUUAUUCAGUUGAGAGUAAUAAAGAUCAAAGUUCUGCUUUUGCAAGAGGUAUGUCUGAUUGGAAACAUGUAUAUCAGCGAAUAAAUGAGCAUGAAAGUUCAAUCAGUCAUGGAAAAAACUGCGAAACAUAUUUCAUGUAUAUUAAAAAUCAAACAAUUGAAAAAAUACUUUUUGGAAACGUUGUUGAAAUGAGAAAUAAAAAAGUUGCAAGCAAUCGGCACGUUUUGGAUGUUAUUAUUGAUGUUAUAAAACUAAUUGGCAAACGAGGACUUUCUUAUCGGGGCACAGCAAAUGAAGCUGCAUACAAUCUAGAAAAUGAAAACCUAGAUCAUGGUAAUUUUUUGGAAAUAAUCUUACUUUUAUCGAAAUUUGAUGUUAUUUUGAAGAAACAUUUGGACGCCAUUGUUAAAAAAAGCAAAAGUUAUCACAAUAGAAAAAUCAAACGUCGAGCUGGAAAUUUCUACACAUUUUUGUCAAAAACUACUGUAAAUUCAAUCAUUGUCAUAAUCACAGAAAUUAUUCUAAAGAAGAUUUCUUCAGAGAUACAGACUGCCACUAUGUUCUCUAUAGAAAUAGACAGCACUCAAGAUAUUUCAGUAACAGACCAAUGUUCAGUUGUAACAAGGUAUGUUUACAACGGAACAAUUCACGAACGCCUUCUUGCAGUUGUUCCUUGUCACAAUUCAACAGGGAAGGGAUUUCAUACCAUGAUUCAUGACAUACUGGUAAAAAAUGGUUUGGAUGAAAAAAUUGUAUUGCUGACUCUACUGAUGGGGCGGCUAAUAUGCAAGGGAGAUAUUCGGGAUUCUCCAGUUUCAUGGUCCAGGAAAAUUCAAAUCAUGUUCAUGUUUGGUGUUAUGCGCAUAUUUUAA